AACGAAGCUGUGCUUGCGCGACGACAGUUUGCUGCUGCUGCCCCCAUCUUCAGCCCGUGCUAGGUUUCGGCCAGGGUCCAUUUUCUUUCUUUUUUUCAUUUUUUUUUUUUUUUUCAGCUCCGAGCACCGCUGAGCUCCUUAGCUGGUCUCGUCAUCUCUGCCCAUCAUGUCAUUUCCCUCUCGAUCGCUGCCAGGCCACAUGCGGCAGCCAUCUGGCGCCGGAGGCAGUGUUGGAUCUGGGCAGUCCCCCGCCCUUGUGGCCCGUGUGAACGAGAAGAAGGCUGAGCUCGAGAACUUGCGGGAACUACGCGACCUGAGCGCCGCCGUGGCGACUCAGAUGGAGGCUCUGGAGCAGAGGCUAGGCACGUUAUCAGACGGCACGGAGGCCAUCGCGCUGGUGCUGGCCAACUGGCAUAAUGUACUGCAAGCCAUCAACAUGGCCUCGGCAAAGCUGCCGAAGCCCAAGUCCGAGGAUGAAGGCUGGUCUGAGACAGCCGAGACAGCUCUUCCGCAGACGCUGGUCAGGAUCCCGACUGAGCAUGCUCCAACCAUCCAAGCGCAAACAGGAGAGCAGCCCGAAGAAGAGGAGUCCUGAUUGACUUGAUAGGUGGCGCAACGUUUCCCUCUGGUAGCAUUUUCGUCCAUCAUUGGGCGCCAACCAGCUCCGCGACGGCAUUAUCAUGGAUCUACUCGUCCCGCCAGAAGCGCGUCACGCCGAGAAUCUCGUGCCAGAGCCGCUGCCAUCCAGCUGCGUAAAUUUCCGUCUCGCAGAUUGAGGGGCAGGCGGAAUCCCAUUGGAUGCCGACGUUGCGCUACUUGGCCAGGUGCAGGACGCGCCCCGCAUGUUUAUUUCCGCGACGCCUUCUUUACUCAAACCGUCAUUAGGUUAGUGCAACCUCGACUUGCUCCCAUACCGGAAAAGCCUUAGACCAGCCCUGGGGAUACGACCCGAGAAUGCGAAGGAGCAGGGGCUGCAAGGUGCAACUGGUUUGUUGGUUGCCGAUCGAGGAGGCAGUGGAGGGUCAAACGGAGGGGCAGCAGCAUCACAGGUUGAUUGGAAGGUAGUAGUUGGUUCCUGUUGGAGUGGGGAUCCCCGUAGGCGUUCGAUGGAACGACGCCGUCGGGUUGUCUUUUUAUUUGGGGAAAAACCUUGGUGGCAGGAAAGGGGCUGUGCCACCGGGAGAGCGGUGCAAGCCGCGCCCCAUAGAAUCAUGAAAUCCAGCGAUAUGCUCAGAAUAGAGAUUUUGUGCAAGCACAUCCUGGGUGCAGACCCCAGCAUGCCCAUUGAGGCAUAGCGAUCCUCGAUGUGAAACUGAUCGGGG